GAAAGGUACAGACUGGUAGAGACUGGUAGCUAAGCUCACCCCUCAAUCAACAACACCCACUUGGCGGGGUAGACACAUCCAUGGAUGUCACUAACACUGCUUACCCCAGUUAACACAAGUACUACCUACCAUUCUGUCCUCCCGACCUGGCAAACCGUCGACAACGCUUCAACAAUUUCUACCUCUCCAACACUCGUGUCAUCCAGUGCCCUGAGCAGCAGGCAAUGUCUACCUUCAGACUGUCUGCGCAGCUGGCUGCUCACAAAGCCGACGUUCGCGCUGUGCACUUCCCCGCCCCCGAUCUCGUGCUGUCGGCCUCGCGAGACCAUACAGUACGCGCCUGGUCCCGAAGCACACCCUCUCCUCCGGCCUUCGAACCCCGUACUGUGACUCAAGGCUCCGAUUUCGUCAAUAGCCUAACCUGCUUACCACCCUCUCCUGCCUUUCCAAAUGGCCUGGCUAUAUCUGCCGGUAGUGAUGCCAUCAUCGAUGCUCGAUCCGUCACCGCUGGACCCUCCGACAAUGCCGAACGUUUGUUGAUCGGGCAUGCUCAAAAUGUAUGCGCUUUGGCUCUUGUUCCAGGUGCUAAAUUCAUCGCAUCCGGGAGCUGGGAUCGUACCGCCCGUAUAUGGAGCGUAGAAAACUGGGAAACUGUGGUUGUCCUAGAAGGCCAUGACGGUGCUGUUUGGGAUGUUUUGCCCUUGAGCGAGAACCUCGUCGUUACCGGCUGCGCCGAUAAGAACAUUCGCGUUUUUGAACUAGGCAAGUCUGUCGCCGGCCAAGUCGAACCCCGGUCCACUAUCUAUACUCCAGAUGUUGUGCGUGCCCUUUGCGCGGUGCCUAAGGGUCACCCAAGCGGCGCCGACAUCGCAAGUGCUAGCAAUGAUGGUAUCAUACGCUUAUGGAAGCUCAACGGCCAGCAAGUUGGUGAACUUACAGGGCAUGAGAGUUUCAUAUACUCACUGACGUCAUUGCCUACCGGCGAGCUUGUUAGCUCCGGCGAAGAUCGCACAGUUCGCAUAUGGCGUGGCUUCGAGUGCGUCCAAACUAUUACGCACCCUGCUAUUUCAGUAUGGUCUGUCGCAGCUUGUGCUGCCAAUGGCGACAUUGUGUCCGGCGCCAGUGAUGGUGUCGUCCGCAUCUUUUCACGUAGCGCAGAACGUGCUGCUAGCCCCGAGACGAUAGCUCACUUCGAUGAGUCAGUCAAGUCCUCAUCCAUCCCACAGCAACAAGUAGGUGGUGUCAACAAAGAAAAGCUACCCGGUCCGGACUAUCUAAAGACAAAAUCCGGCACCAAAGAAGGUCAAGUUCAGAUGAUUAAGGAGGAGGAUGGGUCUGUUUCGGCACACCAGUGGUCAGCCGGUCAAUGGAUCAAUGUCGGUACCGUUGUGGAUGCAGUCGGCAGUAGUGGCCGAAAGGUUGAGUAUAAUGGACAAUCAUACGACUAUGUUUUCGAUGUCGCAAUUGAAGAGGGCCAGCCCUCUCUCAAACUACCUUAUAACUUAUCAGAAAACCCUUACGCACGAGCACAAAAGUUCAUCGACGACAAUGAGCUUUCUCAGAACUUUUUAGACCAGGUAGCUCAAUUCAUCGUCUCUAAUACGCAAGGUGCAACGAUUGGACAAAAUGAAGAAACACCCUCAGGGCCAGACCCGUACGGCACCGAAUCCCGAUAUCGACCUGGGGAGGAAGCAAAUACUCCGAAAAUUCUACCAAUUCGCGAUUAUUUAGACAUCACCGUCGCAAAAUACGACCCCAUAUUUAAGAAGAUUUCAAGUGUCAAUGCUGCUCUUGUUGCUGCUGGCCGCAAAGAUAUCUCUCUUAACCCUUCCGCACAAAAUGCCAUAGAGGCUCUCAAGUCGGUAUUAGAAUCGAAAAAACCCGUAAUGGAUGAGUUCACAAUUAGCUUAUUUGUCAUGAUGUGCACACAAUGGGACUACACGGAUCGGGUGGCUCCUCUAGAUAUUUUACGAUGUAUUGCGGUGUCACCUACUGCCGCCAAGUUCAGGUCGCCAGGCGACGAUCACAGCAUGGUCAAGAUAGCAAUCUCGGCAGCACUCGAAGGCGUUCCUGAAGGAAGUGAACCAAACGAGAACUGUGUGAUGAUGGCACUGCGGACAAUUGCCAACUUAUUCAAGACUGCAGAAGGGAGGAAACUUGUAGCGCAGCCUUCUGAGAUAUCUGCCGUGAUCUCAUUCAUCAGCCGAGUUGUUGGAGUUCGGGGCCAGCCUCCCAUUGGGCCCUUCAAUCGGAAUCUCUUGAUCGCUUUGACGACAGUUUUCGUCAACUACGCCGUUUUAGCUUCAAAACAACUAGGAAGCAUAUCAACAGAGAACCAGGCUCGGCUUAUAUCACCUCUGGCUCUAGUGCUUCAGAAACAAACAGAUUCCGAGGUCAUAUAUAGAGCGCUCGUAGCUGCUGGUACACUCAUCACUGUUAUUGGCAAGGCGGCCCCCGAAGCUAAGAGCUUGUCGUCUUCAAUCAAAUCAGCUAAAGAGAGGGUAUCGGAGACGAGAGUUCAGACAGUUGCCAACGAGUGUCUGUCGCUUCUAACCUAAGAUUGUGCUA